AAAAAAAAGGAAAAAGAGCAAACUACACAAGUCUCACAAACACAACACAAGAAAGGAAAUUGAAAUCUCACUAGAAACUUUUCAGACUUUCCCAAAACAAAUUCCCGCCUUCCAUUGAAAAUCCAAUAAUCUCUCUACCCAUCAUUAUCCCAAAAAGUUCUCCCGUCUUUCGGUUUGGCUCCGCCUCAUAUCUCCUUCUCAAAAUUUCUCUGCCAACCAGAGCCAGAGGAGAAAGUAGUAGUAGACAUGGAUUUUGCUCUUCCAUCUCCUAGUUCCAAAAUUCAGAAGCUUGUGAAAGGAGGGGACGAGGGUGAGGACAAAGAUAUAAUCAGCAAAUUACCUGACAGCAUUCUUCUUUACAUUCUCUCAUUUCUCCUGACCAAGGAUGCAGUACGAACAUCUAUCUUAUCAACAAAAUGGCGUUACUUGUGGACUGGUAUGUCAAACUUUGAUUUUAAUGACGAUUUGUCUUACGAGAAGACGAAAGAAAAAAAUAUAGAGCUGGGGACGUGUUUGCUUAAAUUGGUGGAUAGAGUACUCCUUCAUGAUUCUGCACAUAUACAAAAAUUGCGUCUAUCAUUUGAUAUGCCUGUCAGACUGAUCCGUCCUUAUUUGUGGGUAAAAUUUGCAGUAAUGCGUAAUGUUCAGGAGCUUGAUCUUUCUCUACCCGUAAGAGCAACCUUUUUGUUGCACUCUAGCCUUUUUACUUCUAAAUCAUUGAGUAAAUUGCAGUUAUACAUGGACUGCGUUUUAAGGCUUCCAAGUUCCAUUUGCUUCUCAGCCCUCAAGAUGUUACAUAUUUCAGUUACAUUUUUGGAUGACCAGUCCUGCCAAGAACUUUUUUCUGGCUGCCCAGUCCUCCAAGAGUUGGUCUUAUACAGUUGUGUAUAUAAGAAUAUCAAGAGUGUCACCAUUUCUAUUCCAACCUUAAGGAGGUUGACCAUCUAUGAGUGCCAUUCAGCUCCAGAUGAUUUCCUUAAUUGUGAGAUCAAGGUUUAUGCGACAAACCUUAUAUCUCUAAGCUGCCAAACUUAUUUAACAGUUGACCUUUCGUUUUGUAACCUCUCUUCAUUGGUUGAUGCAUUUGUUGAUGUCACAAACUGGAAUGAUAAGCUACAGGCUGCUCACCGUGCACUCAAACUACUUGCUGGAAUACAGGGUGUCAAGUCUCUUAGAAUAUCAAAUGAAACCCUCUUUUGUGUCUCCUAUGCAGAAAACAUUCGCGCUCAUAUUCCUACGUUCCACAAUUUGACGCGAUUGGAGGUGUAUGUGGAACCUUCUGCUGAUCCUGGUGAAUAUACUGAUGAAACGCUGAUGGACAUUCUUCAAAAAACACCUAGUCUAGAGUCUCUAGACAUACCUGAGGUGGAAGUAUUAGUGAUGGAUUCUGCUCUUCCACCACCCAGUUCCAAAAUUCAGAAGCUUGUGAAAGGACAGGAUGAGGGUGAGGGCAAAGAUAUAAUCAGAAAAUUACCUGACAGCAUUCUUCAUUAUGUUCUCUCAUUCUUCCCUGCCAAGGAUGCAGUAAGAACUUCUAUCUUAUCAACAAAAUGGAGGUACUUGUGGACCGGUAUGUCAAACUUUGAUUUUGAUGAUGAGUUGUGUUUUGGGAAGACAAAUAAUAAAAAGUUUGAGCUAGGGACGUGCUUGCUUAAUUUGGUGGAUAGGGUACUCCUUCAUGAUGCUGCACAUAUACAAAAAUUGCGUCUAUCUCUAUUAUUUAUGAUGCAUGUCAGUGCAUUCCGUUCUUAUUUGUGGAUUUAUUCUGUGAUAAAGCAUAAUGUUCAGGAGCUUGAUCUUUGUCUACCUAUAAGAACAACCAUUUUGUUGCCCCCUAGCCUUUUUACUUCCAAAUCAUUAUGUACUCAUGGACUCCAGUGUUUUAAAGGUUCUGAGUUCUGUUUGCUUCUCAGGCAUCAAGAUCUUACAUCUUUCAUCUGUUACAUUUUUGGAUGACCAGUCCUGCCAACAACAUUUUUUGGCUGUCCGGUCCUCCAAGAGUUGGUCUUAUACGAAUGUGUAUGGAAUAAUAUCAACAGUAUCACCAUUUCUAUUCCAACUUUAAGAAGGUUGACCAUCUACGAAGACCUUUUGGCUCGAUUACAGUUGCUUGAUAGUGAGAUCAAAAUCUAUGCGAUAGACCUGAUAUCUCUAAACUGCGAAACUUAUUUAACAGCUGACUUUUUAUUUUGUAACAUAUCUUCAUUGGUUGAUGCAUCUGUCGAUUUCACAAACUUGAGUUCUGUGCCGCAAGCUGUUCACCGUGUAGUUAAACUACUAGUUGGAAUUCAAGGUGUCAAGUCUCUUAGAAUAUCAAAUGCAACCCUUCGUUUUGUCUCCCGUGCAAAUAACUUCCUAGCUCAUCUACCUAUAUUCCACAAUUUGAUGCAUUUGGAGGUGUAUGUGGAACCCUCUGCUGAUCCUGGUGAAUAUACUGAAGAAAUACUGAUGGACUUGCUUCAAAAAACUCCUAAUCUAGAGUCUCUAGACAUUCCUGAGGUAGAUUUUUAAAUGUCAGUAUUUUCAAGUCUAAACGCAACUGAAAUAAAAGUGGCCUCCAUUUUUAUGAAUGGUUUCUUAAUGUCAUUUAGGACUGCACCCAAACACUUGCUUGAUUGGGGAUUAUUGGAAAUUGAACUCGGUACUGCAUUGUUUGAGAUCUUGUCUCAAGGAGUUCAGCAUCUCAAAUUUUAGCGGAAAAGUAGUUGAAAUAGAAUUGCUAAAAUAUUUGUUAAAGAGUGCAACCAUUUUGGUGAAGAUGAUGAUUUAUUGUUCAGAGACCUUAGAAGCAGAUUUGAAGAGGCAAGAGGAGAUCAGCAAUCAGUUACAGAUACUUAGAGAGGGCUUAGUGAGUUGCAUAAUUGAGUUCUUGUAAAAUUGUGGAGAUUUCCCUGAAAACUCAAUACUUCUCACAACAUCCUUUAAUUGAUUUUUGUACUUUCAUAAUUUAGUUUACAAGAUGAGUUGUGGUCCUCAGUCCAUCUGAUUCUUAUUUUCCAAUAUUUUCAUAGGCUCCCAUGAUCAAUGUGCUUUGCUGUGUGUUUUCCUUCUUUUUAUGGGUUAUGAAUGCCUAAUUGCUCUGAUUCUUGGCACUUAAAUGGGUGUAUUGGUUUUUUAAAAUAAGUUGGUCUUUGGUUUUAA